AUGGAAAAUUGCUUAAAACAGGUUCCUCGUAAUUGCUACAAUACCCACAGUUCAGUAGUUCUUGCUUUGUUUGUAGCAACUGGUGUUGUUCUAAUUGCAAUCGCGAGUGAUUACGAGUCGAAAUCAAGUCUGGAAUGUGACCUCACGAGCUCUUUAUUCAAGGGGAAGUACAUUGAAACACAAUGUCGUCUUCAAUAUGCCCAAGAAUUCCUCCCUUCGUUAUCUCUCAAUGUCCAGAUUGUGAUAAGUUUUGGACUUGUCGUUGUGUUGAGCGUUGUCUACGGUUACCUGGUGAAACAUAGAGUCGACAUCUUCGCAAAUAAUCCAAACACAACGACGAACGAGGGCGUAGAAGAAAGCCAGCCACUACAGUCUGAAGCAUCGCCAGCCACACGGGAAGUCUACCGAGGUAGUAAUCGUAGUUAUUUUGUAUUUAUGGCUUACAUGAUCCAUUUGAUCGUUUGUCGUAUAUUACCACUGACAAUAUUCUCAGCAUUUCUCUUAACCUCGUCCAAUUUUCCUACCCAUUUUCAAUGUCCUGUGCCCAAUAUGAAAACAACAACUAGUACUUCCCAUGAGAACGUUACACGACCAACUACGCAUUCUUCAUUUGUGGACUGCACUUAUUCAAUGGCUGGGAAGAAACAACAAGUUGUUGUCGGCUUUAUCACGAUAAAUUUUCUCGUCGAUGCAGUGACACUCGUUGAGAUUGUUUAUCUGUUGUGGUCGGCAUUGAAGAGACCAACUUUCCGUACUGAUCAGGAGUUCAUUAGCAGGCACCUUUUAGACAAAAAAGAUGCAGAAACAAAACCUAACUCUCCAAUAAACGAAGAAGUAGACCAGGAAAUACCUCUGAUGAUUAUAGAAACUAACUUUAACUCUCCUAACCAAGAAGUAAACCAGGAAAUACCUGAGAUGAUUCCAGAAACUAACUCUAACUCACCUAUAAAAGAAGAAGUAGACCAGGAAAUACCUGUGAUGAUUUCAGAAACUAACUCUAACUCACCUAUAAAAGAAGAAGUAGACCAGGAAAUACCUGAGAUGAUUUCAGAAACUAACUCUAACUCUCCUAACCAAGAAGUAAAGCAGAAAAUACAGGAGAUGAUUCAGGAAAAUAAAGUCAAACAUUCAUUCACUGUGCCUGAUGCCUUCGGACGGAAACAAAACCUGGAUGAAAUCUAUAUCAAUGUUAUAAUUCAAGACGGAAGGGAACGUGUCAAUUAUUCGAGAAAUGAAUUUAUGAAAGGUAGACAUGAGAUUUAUGACAUUCAAUUGAAAAAGCCCCCUAAUGCAAAAGUACUUGAGAGUACAGCAGAAUUAUUUCAAGCAGCAGAAGCUGGUAAGAAACAACCUAGAACUGUUCUUGUAGUUGGCAGACCUGGCAUUGGAAAAACUGUAUUAACCCAAAAAAUAUCUCAGGAGUGGAAAGAUAGCCUACGACCUGAUGAAUUCUGGUAUGAAAAAAUUGUACUAUUGAUCAAAUUUCGUAAUUUUAACAAACAAAAAACAAAUCUUCAAGAAAUAUUAGAUCAGGCUCAUGGUCUUAAUAAGGCAACAGCUCUGUCCAACAAUAAGUCUAUCCAUGAUUAUAUCCAUCAGAACCCAAGUAAAACCAUCCUUGUUUUUGAUGGCUUAGAUGAACUCAAGGUAGAUGAUGAGUGUUUAACUAAUGGAAAAACUGUAAACAGCCUAGAAGAACAUGCUCAUAUAUACCUGAUUUUCAAACAGCUGGUGAAUAAUGAAUUAUUACCUGGAGCCACUGUAUUAACCACAUCUCGACCAACAGCAGAACGGAUCUAUCGAGAGCUAAAAUUUGAUAGAGAAGUGGAAAUGUUAGGUUUUAGUGAGAAACAAAUAGAAGAGUAUGUUAGGAAAUUUUGUGGUAACAACACCAAGAAAAGUUCAGAAAUAUGGAACAUAAUCAAGGAUUCCCCAGAACUAUUAAGCUUCUGUUACGUACCAGUUAAUUCCUAUAUAGUGUGCUUGACAUUAUAUAAAAGCAUUGAUUUUGGUCAACAUGUGAAGGAUAAAAGCUACAGCAAGAUUCCUAAAACAAUGACUGAACUGUACAAAAGAGCUAUAAGGAUUUUGCUGUUCAAACACAAUUCAAAAUACUUGAAUAAACCAGUCCCAAAGGAUUAUCUGACUGCAAAAAUUCCAGAGCAGCUUCGAAACAGCUUAGACAAACUGAAAAAAAUUGCAAUGCAAGGGAUGGAAGACAACCAGCUAGUUUUUCAGUUUGAUAGCAGUGAUGAAUUUAUGGCUGACUUGGCAGAUUCUGGUGUAUUUAAUCAGUUAGAAGAAGAAAAUCAGUACAUCUUUUCUUUCCUUCAUCUUACAAUUCAAGAGUUUCUGACUGCACUAUAUGUGGUUGAUGAUAUUAGAAAUGUUGAAUCAUUCUUAUCUAAACACAUUGAUGAACCCAGGUGGCAUUUGGUGAUCCAGUUUGUAGCUGGGUUACUUGGAGAUAGGAUGAGGGAGUUAAGGUCAGCAGAGCAUGAAGACAAUGAACUGAAUGAAGUGAUCGAACGUGUAUGCAAAAGAUUUCAAGACUGGAUGCCAAACAAACGACGUAUUGACGAGAGUAAUGACAAAGGUUUACUCGUGAUAAAAAGUGUUUGGGAAAUGCAAGAAGAUCGCGUCAUGAAAAUGAUUUCGUCGGUUGCGUCUGAGGAUGAUCAUGAAACAUUUCGUUUGGAAGGAUUAAAUAUUGCACCAGCAGAAUCUACGGCUUUGUUCAAAUUUUUAAGCCACAUCAAGAACUUGAAAAAGCUUCAAAUCAUUCGUUGUACUGUGAUGAACAUUACUGCCCGUGAAUUGGCUGAGUUUUUGAAGAAAGAUAACCAUGGCCUGGAGAAUGACAACUGUGAACUUACUGUACUAUAUGUAAGUGGCAAUAGAGGUUUAACAACUGAAGGUGUUAAAUAUUUAAGUGAUGCUUUGAAGAAUGACAACUGUAAACUUACUAAACUAAAAGUAAGUGUCUAUGAUUUAAAAACUGAAGGUGUUAAAUAUUUAAGUGAUGCUUUGAAGAGUGACAACUGUAAACUUACUGGACUAAAUGUAAGUGUCAAUGAUUUAGAAACUGAUGGUGUUAAAUAUUUAAGUGAUGCUUUGAAGAGUGACAACUGUAAACUUACUGAACUAGAUGUAAGUAGCAAUGAUUUAAAAACUGAAGAUAUUAAAUAUUUAAGUGAUGCUUUGAAGAAUGACAACUGUAAACUUACUGAACUAAAUCUAAGUGGCAAUGAUUUAACAACGGAAGGUGUUAAAUAUUUAAGUGAUGCUUUGAAGAAUGACAACUGUAAACUUACUGAACUAAAUCUAAGUGGCAAUGAUUUAACAACGGAAGGUGUUAAAUAUUUAAGUGAUGCUUUGAAGAAUGACAACUGUAAACUUACUGAACUAAAUGUAAGGGGCAAUGAUUUAAAAACUGAAGUGAUGCUAAGAGCGACAACUGCAAACUGA